AUGAGUAUCAAACUUUUGAACCGCAUGAAAAAGCCCGUGGGCGUGGCUGACAUGGUCUUGCUUGAGGAUGUCUCGGAAGACGGCAUCGUCGAAAACCUCCAUGAUCGUUAUCUCAAGGACGAAAUUUAUACAUACAUCGGCAACGUGAUUAUUAGUGUGAAUCCUUACAAACAGCUGCAGAUUUAUGAUCGCGAGAUGAUUCUCGACUACGUCGGUCGCAACCAGUUUGAGGUGCCCCCUCACAUCUUCUCGCUCGCCGACCAGGCCUAUCGCUCCAUGGUCGAUAACAACAAGGACCAAUGCGUCAUUAUCAGCGGUGAAUCGGGGGCUGGCAAGACCGAGGCCUCAAAAAUCAUCAUGCGCUACGUUGCCGAAAUCACGGGCAAGGGUACCGACAUUGAUAGAAUCAAAGACCAGCUGCUCAAAUGCAACCCUGUUCUCGAGGCUUUUGGAAAUGCUAAAACCAAUCGCAACGACAACUCCUCACGCUUUGGCAAGUACAUGGACAUGCAGUUCAAUCACAACGGCGACCCCAUUGGCGGCGUCAUUACCGACUAUCUUCUUGAAAAGUCUCGCGUCGUGCAUCAGCAAGAAGGCGAACGCAAUUUUCAUGUGUUCUAUCAGCUCUUGCGCGGUGCCGACGAUGCAACGCUCAGCACCCUGCACCUCACACGAAAUGCAGAGGACUACUUUUACCUCAGUCAGAGCAGUUGUAACAAGCUCCCUACCAUGGACGACGCCGAGGAGUUUCGCACCGUGCUCGAGGCUUUUAGCGUGAUGGAAAUGACGGACAAGGAGCGGCAAUCAAUCUUCAGCCUCAUCGCCGUCAUUCUCCACCUGGGUAACAUUGACUUUCGUGGCUACAGCCUGCCCAACGGCACCCACGCCUGUGAAGUCAAGAAAUCGGACAGCUUGCGCUACGUGGCUCAACUCCUGGAGGCCGACGAGGCCGAUCUCAUCAAGGUCCUCGAAGUGCGAAAAGUUACCACGCGCCGCGAGGUCGUCGAGACCACACUUUCCGAGGACAACGCACGGGACAAUCGAGAUGCUCUGUGUAAAGCCAUUUACGCGCGCCUUUUCGAAUGGAUGGUCAAGCGGGUGAACAAAACCAUCGCCGUCAAGAACAAGCGGAUGAAGCGGCGUGGUAUUGCCACUCUCGACAUUUACGGCUUUGAGAUUUUCGACGACAACUCAUUUGAGCAGUUUAUCAUCAAUUACUGCAAUGAGAAGCUGCAACAAAUUUUCAUCGAGCUCGUCCUCAUGCAAGAGCAAGAUGAGUACGUGCGCGAAGGCAUUCCCUGGACUCACAUCGACUAUUUCGACAAUGCUGUCAUUUGCGAGCUCAUCGAGGGCAAGGGCGGCAUCAUGUCCAUGCUUGACGACACCUGCUUGCGCCCCGGCAAUCAAGAUGAUGGCAUCUUCCUCGAAUCGCUCAAUCGCACUCACAAAAUUGUUCAGCAUCGCCACUACGAGAGCCGCGCCAAAAGCGGCUUCUACUCGGAUAGUUCCAUGGGCCGGGAAGAUUUUCGCCUGGUCCACUACGCCGGCAAAGUCACGUACAAUGUGCAAGGCUUUGUCAUCAAGAACAAGGAUGCUCUUUUCGCGGAUCUGACUCAGUUCAUGUACAAUUCGUGCCGCCACAACCUGGGUAAAACCCUUUUCAAGGAUGGGCAGAUUUUGGGAGGCCAGACAGCCGGCAAACGCCCGGUGUCGCUUUCCAAGCAGUUUAUGUCAUCUGUUAGCGACCUCAUGAGCAACCUCAUGGCCAAGAAUCCGCACUACAUCCGUUGCAUCAAGCCCAAUGAGAAGAAACAGGCUCGCCUGGUGAACAUGGAGCGCCUGCGCCAUCAGGUCCGCUACCUGGGUUUGCUCGAAAACCUGCGCGUGCGUCGUGCCGGUUACGCCUUUCGCAUGGACUACGCCAAGUUUAUCGAGCGCUACAAGAUGCUGUCGAGGCUGACCUGGCCCAACUUUAAGGGCUCACCGCGCGACGGCGUCAAGUACAUUCUUGAGGACGGCUGUGAUCUGACCAAGUCUGAGUACACCUUUGGGCGCUCCAAGGUCUUCCUACGCAACCCCAAAACCGUGCUCAAGUUGGAGGACAUUCGUCGAGCCCAAGUCAUUUUGCUGACCACCAAGAUUCAGGCCAUCUACAAGGGUUGGCGGUGCCGUGUCGAGUACCAGAAGAAGCGCAACGCGGCCAUCACAAUCGCGUCCCGCUACAAAGGCUUCAAGGCUCGCGAGAAGUACAAUAACACCCGUAACGGUCUUAUCCUCAUCACCUCGUACUGGCGCAUGUGGCGCGAGCGCAAGCAAAUCACCGCGCACAUGGAGGCACUGGCGCGUGCUCGCGCCGCCGUAGUCAUCACUAAGCACGUCCGCGGUUGGAUCGUGCGUCGCCGUAUGGCCAAGCACUUUCGCAAAAACGCCGGCCCCGUGGUGCUGCAGGCACUCCUCGAGUUUCAGCGCCGAGCCUUUUUGCGAACCGCCGCGGCCAACCUGCCAUCGGCCUCGCCCAUUGCCCCUUGCCAGAUUGGUGCAGCGCCCAAGUUUCGAGCCACUGCAGAGUCCAUGGCCAAGUUUUACCAUGACUGGCGAUGCAAACUGUAUCGUGAUCGCCUACCCAAUUCCAAGCGCGACGCCCUGCGUCUCAAACUCCUUGCCUCCAAGCUUUUCAAAGGCCGCAAGCUGUCCUAUCCCAAAUCGGUACCCCUGCCCUUCAAGGGUGACUACGCUCACCUGCACGAGGGUGACAUGGCCUCCAAAUGGGCCAAGCUGACCACACAACACAACAUUGAUAAGGUCCUCUUCUCCUCCGCAGCGCGCAAGAUGCAUCGGUCGAAUGGUCAGCUGGUCGAUCGCUUUGUGGUGCUCACGGCCAACCGUCUGCUCAUCCUGGAUGACAAGCUACGCCUCAAGUACGACAUUCCCGUCAAUUCGGACACCAUUACGCGAGUCAGCUGCACCUCGCAGGGCGACAGCCUGCUCGUGAUCCACGUGGCUUCCAACAAGGAGAGCAAGGCGUUGUCCAAGGGCGAUCAUGUCUUGUACGUGGACGGUCUUAUCGAGCUCGUAACGCGUAUCGAUACGGUGUUCCGCAGCCAAAACGACCACAAACGACUCGAGCUUACCAUCUCUGAUAGCCUGGAGCUGCAUUUCAACGCACGCUCCACCUCACUUUCCAUCAACAAGGGCGAUGAACCACACAUGAUUCUGUGUGUGCCAAAAUGA